ACGAACAUUGACGGGAUAACCUCGCAUUGAAAUUUUUUUUAUCAACAGGCAGAUUUGACUGUCAAAUUUAGCCAUUUUAGUUUCAUCCUCUGUCCCUUUAAUUAAUCAACAUUUCUGCGAAUUUAUCUCUCCUGCAAUUGGCAUUCUGUCUGCGAUGCAAAACACUCUCACGUCCAUCAAAUUGCAUCACUCGACGAUUAAUCAUAUCUUCCUCUUUCAUAUCCCUUCAUGUUACUGUCUUAGGUCUCCAACUACAGACAAUGCUAUUAAUUCUGCACGCUGCUACACUUCGCGAUUUAACUCAACAGACGUUGAUGAAAGGAACCCGAAAACUAAAGAAGAAGAGGAAACCCAUAAAACGGAGCUGCACCUCAGCAAAAGGCUCGAUACACUGAUCGAUACAUCAAUAACCAGAGCCACAGCUGCCCUCCAUAAGCCUGGGGAAAAAGGUACCAGUUUUAGGGUUUCUUGCAAUGAUGCUAGUACUAGUCUGUCAAAUGCAGAGAAAGUGUAUAAGAUUGUCAUGAAAUACUAUAACAAAACGGAUAUGCUAGAAAUGGCCUUAGACAGAUGUGGGUUCAGCUUGACACCUGGGCUUGUUGUGCAAGUGUUGAAGCAAUGUGGUUCUGCUGCAAACCCAGCAUACAAUUUUUUUAUAUGGGCUGGAAAGCAAGAUCAUUACAUGCAUACACAUGAAUCAUACAAUGUAAUUAUUAAUGUCUUGUGCCGAAUGAAUCAGUUUGAAAGGGUUUGGGCCAUUUUGGAUGAGAUGAGAACGAGAGAUCCUUCUCUCAUCACUCCUCACACCUUUAUUAUUAUGGUGAGGAGAUUUGCAGCAGCAAAAAUGGUCAGGAAAGCCAUUGAUGUUUUGGACGAGAUGCCUAAGUUUGGUGUUGAGGCUGAUGCACAUUUAUUUGGGUGCUUGCUGGAUGCUCUCUGCAAACACAAUAAGGUUAGAGAGGCUCUGGCACUGUUUUCUGAUAUGAAAUUUCGGUUCGAACCGAAUGUGAAGAAUUAUACUAUUUUGCUUAACGGGCUUUGCAAGGAGGGGAUGUUGGAGGAGGCCCGCUUCUUGAUGGGAGAAAUGCUAGGUGUAGGGUUUGAUCCAGAUAUAGCUGCUUAUAAUACACUCCUUCAUGGGUAUGCCAGGGCAGGGAGAAUACAGGAAGCCUUUGAUUUUUUGGAUGAAAUGAAAAACAAGGGAUGUGUACCUAACAUAAUAUCAUACACAAGUUUGGUCCAUGCACUCUGUGAGGCGGAAAGAUUAGAUGAAGCACGCAGGCUGUUUCAAGACAUGAGAAAGUAUGGGUGCUUUCCAGAUGUAGUGUCCUACACUGCACUGAUCAGCGGGCUUUGUAAAUGGGGGAAAUUAGAUGAGGCUUAUAAGGUUUUGGACGAGAUGGUCCAACAGGGCUGUGCUCCUAAUCAAAUGACCUAUUCAGUUCUGCUUCGACAACAUGAAAAACGAGAGGAGCUUCAAGAAGCUCUGGAGCUUGUCGAAGAAAUGUUGGAGAGUGGUUGUGACCCUGAUCUGGGUAUUUACAAUACACUUCUGAGGCUUUCUUGCAACUUAGGCCAAUUGAAUGAGGCUGUUGAGAUCUGGCAUAAGAUGGAGAGGGAGGGAAUCAGUGCCGAUCUGCAUACUUACACCGUUUUCAUACAUGGGCUACUCAAACACAAUAAUCUUACAGAUGCUUGCACAUAUUAUAAAGAAAUGGUUGGGAAAGGCCUGGUUCCAGCACCCCAAUAUGGCACUCUUAAAGUGCUCCUAAAUGAGCUUCUUAGAGCAGGGAAACUCGAUAUGGCUGCCGAGAUUUGGGAAUGUAUGAAGAAGGGUGGUUCCCAUAUUAAUAUCUUUGCCUAUACAAUCUGGAUACAGGCAUUAUGUCAAAUUGGUGAGGUGAAGGAAGCUGCCGCAUAUUGUGCAGAUAUGAUAGAUGAUGGAUUGCUGCCACAGUCUAGUACCUACCAAAUGAUCAAGAAAGGACUCAAGAAAUUACACAACAGGAUUAUUGGAGAUCAGAUCAGGGGAAGACUGAGAAAAAUGAUAGAUGAGAGGAAUCUAAUCUUUAAAAGCUAUGAAAAAGAGGGGGUGAGAAAGGAGGGAGCAAGAAAAUCAAGAAAGGGUCGAAGAAAAAGGAAUCUCAAAUGAAACAUAAAAGAAAAGAUAACAUAAAUUAAAAGAUUCACGUGUAUAUCAAAUGCUUCAUAUUGAUUCUAGUGGGUUUUGAACCAAGUUAACGAGCUUAAGGGACCGAGUUGGUUAUUAUUUCCUUUUUCUCAAAUUCCGGAAUGUUGUGCCUGAAGUUAGUUGGCUUUUUAAACAAUUUUCAAGCCUAACAAAUGAUGGGACAGAAGCUCCUAAGAAAAACUUACAGAAGUUAAAUGCUGAAGUUGUAAGAUCUUUUUUAAAUUUUAGCAAGAGUAUAUGUGCGCUGAAUGAAUGUUGCAGAUUGCAAUACCUUGUCAGAGUUCUGGUAGUCAUAAUGAUCUGCAUGAUUGUUCUUCA